AUGGGAAGCCAAACCCCACCAACACUCAAGCAGCUAGUGAUAGAGAGCCUGCUGAAGAAGGAGGAGGCCUUGGCCAUGUUUGCUGCUGUGGAGGGCCUGCCCCGGUCGCUGAUCCCAGAAACAUUUGAGGUGGCCUUCAGGAACAAUCAGACCAACAUCCUGCGGGCCAUGGUACCUGCCUGGCCAUUCACAUGCCUUCCUGUAGGAGCCCUGAUGAAGACCCCACACCUGGAGACUUUAAAGGCUCUGCUUGAUGGACUAGAUGUGCUGAUCUCAGAGGAGGCUUGCCCCAGAAGGGGGAAAAUCAGAGUGCUGGAUUUGACAGAUGUGGACUACGAUUUCUGGAGCAUAUGGAAUGGGAUGUAUAAAAAGGACUGCUGUCAUCACGACAUGAGACAGAAGAAGAAGCCAGAGGAGACGUGUCCUUACUCAGGGCUGAAGAACUAUUUGAACAUAGUAACUGACCUCAAACUUGAGAACAGCCAGCUCGACGAGUGUGCCAUGUACUUGUGGCAAUGGGCCCAGCAGAGAAAAGGUUCUGUUCAUUUAUGCUGUCGAAAGCUUGAGAUUUUGGAACCAUGUUUGUCCAAUGCCAUCGACAUCUUGCGGUCAGUAGAUCUCCACUGUAUACGUGAGCUGAAAGUAAUAGAUUUAUGUUUAGAAGACAUGGCUCUUUUUGGACCAUACCUGGGACAGAUGAGAAACCUUCACACACUCAUGCUGGAAAGCAUCGUGAAUACUUUUGGGAUCAGUGAGGCUGAAGAGCUGGAAGACGAAUUGAUGAACUCAUUGUUCUCACAGUUCUCCAAAUUGCACUGCCUCCAGCAUCUCUAUGUAGAUGAUAUUUAUGUUUUAGUUGGCAGCCUGGAAGAGUGGCUUGGUUGCCUGAAGAAGCCCUUGGAGACCCUGUCCAUCACUUUCUGUCACCUCAUACAGAGAGACCUGGAUUACCUGCCCCAGUGCCCAAACCUUUCUGGGCUCAGGCAUCUCACCCUUAGUCACACAAUUCUUGGAGAAUGGUUUGAACCACUUGGAAAGCUCCUCGAGAGAGUCAAAGACACCUUGCAAACUCUGGAUUUGGAGAAAUGUUGGCUGGAGGAUUCUGCAUUUAGUGCUUUUAUGCCUGCCCUGAGCCAAUGCUCCCAGCUCCUCAGGAUCAAUUUUUCCAAUAAUAAACUGUCUCUGCCCCUCCUGAAGCAACUCCUUCACCACACAGCCAAACUGAACAAGCUAACGGAGGAGCUAUACCCUGUCCCUCUGGAGUGCUAUGACAAUAGAGGUCUUCGAGAGAGAUUUGGCGAAAUAUGUACUGAGCUUCUGGAUAUACUCAGGUCUGAAAGACAGCCCAAGGCAGUCAGUUUUAAGUCCACCAUCUGCCCUAUAUGUUCUCAGUCCUGUGUCUAUGCCCUGGAAAACAGACAUUGCCUUUGCUGGCAAUAA